AUAUGGGUUCAACAUACAUAUGUCAGACAAGGAUGUGUUAUUGACGUAAUCGAAGGAACAAAUAUCGAAGGCACAAGAAUUUUGAAGAUGGAGGGCGAUGUAGAAUUCGAAAAUGCAACAGUCCUUACUGAAAGUGCUAAAGAUAAAACGUCUCAAAAUAGAGAUAAAAACUUGAAUACAGAAAACAGUGGAGAUAAACAAGGAGACAGGGACUUUCAGAAUAAAAGUGAUGAAUGUCAACAAAAGUCCUCCGAGUUCAAAACAGAGUCGGAGUCAUUGAGAAAAAUGAAAGAAGAAAUGGAGAAAAUGCGUCUCGAGGACCAACGUCAAGAAGAAAUCGCCGCAGCGAUAUACAAACGAGACUUUAAACGAGAACGAGCUAAAAUAGAGAAGGAGACGAUUGAUAGAGGAUAUAUGUUUAAUCCUGACAUCCGGGACAUUAAAGGUGCUAUUGCAGAAAUAAUGAAUGAAGAACGAACUUUCAUGUUACAAAGACAAAUCGAUGCUUUGGACAAAGAGGAGAAACGGAUGCAAGAAGAAAUAGAUAAAAAGUAUGGACUGCUUUUCUCCAAAGAAGGGAGACAAAACUUGACUGAUCUCGCCGAUAAGUUUUUCUCUUUACCCGGAAAUGCAGGUCUCCCAGAACACAUUACAAGGUCACUGACGUCAGAAGAAAUAACAGACCUUAAGAUCGUGUUCGAUAUGUUUGACGUGAAAGGGAAAGGAUAUAUCAGUGCUACCGAUCUAAAGAAAGCGUUGGCUAUGCUUGGUUUUCGAGCAUCAAAAGCUGUACUAGGCAAUAUGAUAAGCGAAGUUGCCGGAGAGAACAAAGUAAGAGUGACAUUUGAGAACUUUUUAGAUUUCGUGGUUAAAAGUCAAGGUGACGGGCCUGAUCCUUAUGGAGAAAUCAAACAGGCAUUUGAGCUGUUAGACACUAAAGGCACAGGUUUCCUGACUCUGGAGGAUUUGAGGGAAGCUUCCUCGGAGUGUAGUCUGAACUUUUCAAACACCGCCCUGAGGGAAAUGAUUCAGGAGGCAGAUAAACACGGGGAGGGUAAAAUCAGUCUGGAGGACUUCACUGACAUCAUGUUACAGACCAGUAGGUUCAAGUUCGCCUCCUGAUGUGUUGCAGAACUACACUUAAAGAUUUCAAAAUUCUCAGAAAAUGGAAGAGCAAUUUAGCCAGCUGUUUUAAUAAAAAUACAAUAGGAGGUUGCAGAAAGAGCUGAUAUGUUUACUAGCAGUCGCAUUGAUAUUCAUUAAGAAAAAAAAAUGAUUGCAUAACUGACAAUUUUAUUCACAGUUUAUAAGGAUUUCAAAAACACUUUAUG